UUCUUUUCUUAUCCAAAACAUUUCACUUUCUCAAAUCUACCUCGAUCUUUUAAAUAUAUAUAUAGAGAGAGAGAGAGCUAUAAGUUCCUUGAAUUCUCCAAUCAAUUCCAUUAAUUUUUCUAAGUGUAUAUACAUAUUUUUAUACAAAUAUGCAGAGAACAAGAUCGUUUCUACAAUCGCCUACAUAUGGAAAUGUCAUCACUGUUCUUAGCAUCGAUGGUGGUGGAAUAAGAGGAAUUAUUCCAGGAACUAUCCUUGCCUUCUUAGAAUCUGAGCUUCAGAAAGUGGACGAAGACGAGAAUGCAAGGCUGGCAGAUUAUUUUGAUGUGAUUGCAGGAACUAGCACGGGUGGACUUCUUACUGCUAUGAUAACUGCCCCAAACGAAAACAACAGGCCAUUAUUUUCUGCUAAAGAUAUCAUCGACUUCUACCUCCAACACUGUCCUCAUAUCUUCCCUCAAAAGCAUAGAUGGACAUUUGGUGGAAUACUAAUCCAAUUAUUCAAGUCUCUAAUGGGACCAAAAUACGACGGUAAGUAUUUGCAUAAGCUGCUCAGAGAAAAAUUAGGUGACCUGAAGUUGCACCAAACUCUCACUAAUGUCAUAAUUCCAACAUUUGAUAUCAAGCGUCUCCAACCUAUUGUCUUCUCUAGCUAUGAGGUAAAAAGGAACUCAAGCCUAGAUGCUAAGUUGUCAGAUAUUUGUAUUGGAACCUCAGCUGCUCCAACCUAUCUUCCUGCUCAUUCUUUCCAAACCCAAAAGCCUAAUGGUCAAGUUAGAGAAUUUCAUCUCAUCGAUGGUGGUGUUCUUGCCAAUAACCCGGCAUUGGUCGCUAUAAAUGAAGUGUCGAAAGAAAUUCACCAAGGGAAUCGUGACUUCUUUCCAAUAAGGCCAACGGAGUUCGGGCGGUUCCUGGUGAUAUCGAUAGGAACGGGUUCAGCCAAAGCAGAAGAGAAAUAUAGAGCUGAUGAGGCUGCGAAAUGGGGUGUGUUGGGAUGGUUGAACAGUCACCACUCCACACCUUUGGUCGAUAUUUUUACUCAAGCUAGUAGUGAUUUGGCUGAUAUUUUUCUCUCUACAGUUUUCCAAGCUCUCCAUUCUGAGAAGAAUUACCUUCGAGUCCAGGAUGACACACUGGGCGAUAAGGAAUCUUCGGUGGAUAUUGCUACUGAAGAAAAUCUAAACAAGCUUGUGAAAAUUGGAGAGGAGUUGUUGCUUAAACCUGUUUCAAUGGUUAACUUGGAAACUGGUAUUUAUUCUCCAAAACAUGGAACUACAAAUGGAGAAGCUCUUAGAAGGGUUGCUCAAAUGCUUUCCCGGGAGAGACAAACUCGUGAAGCCAGAUCGCCUAUGGUAAAGGUUUCAGGGGUUAAAGCUGCUACUACACGUGACAGUAAAUAUACUCUAAGAUUAUAAAUCAUAUAUAUAUUUAUCGAAUGAAUUGAAGGACAGCCAGAUUUGUAAUAUUAAGAGCUUCUUCCACUUUAUAUGCUCUAUCAAUUAUUAUCAUCCAAUAAUAAAUUUGUUGGUCACAAGCAUUGAUCGAUAAUUCCUUUUGUUUA